AUGGGGCAGAAAGUCCCUGGUGGCAUCAAAACCAUUGACAUGCGGGACCCGGCUUUCAGCCCUCUGAAGCUGGAGCUGCAGGCGUUGAACCACACCAAACCUGCGCGGCUGGACCUGUUGCUGGACAUGCCCCCUGCCGGCCCUGACCUCCAGAUGCAGCACUCCUGGAACAAUGACGAUCGCUCCAGAAACAUCUUUGUGAAGGAUGACAACAAGCUGGUUUUUCACAGGCAUCCUGUGGCCCAGAGCACAGACGCCAUCAGGGGCCGUGUGGGCUACACCAGAGGACUGCAUGUUUGGGAGAUCAGCUGGGCCAUGAGACAGAGGGGUACGCAUGCUGUGGUGGGUGUGGCCACCAGUGAAGCCCCUCUGCACUCUAUGGGCUAUACGGCUUUAGUCGGGAGCAAUACAGAGUCCUGGGGAUGGGACCUAUGCCGCAGUAAACUUUAUCAUGACGGCAAGAACCAUCCAGGUAAAACGUACCCAAGUUUUCUAGAGCCCGACGAGACUUUCAUUGUUCCUGACUCUCUUCUUGUGGUGCUGGACAUGGACGAGGGCACCCUGGGUUACAUCGUGGAUGGACACUACUUGGGUGUGGCCUUCAGAGGACUUAAGGGCCGCAAGCUCUAUCCCGUAGUCAGCGCUGUAUGGGGCCACUGUGAAAUACGCAUCCGGUACAUCAACGGACUUGACCCGGAGCCCCUGUCCCUGAUGGACCUAUCCCGCCGCUCUGUGAGAGUGGCUUUAGGAAAAGAACGCCUCCCAGAGAUCCACAGACUGCCGUUACCGGCUGCCCUCAAGAACUACCUGCUCUACCAAUGA